AUGUAUUCGAAGGAAAUAUUUAGUGCAUCCCCGAGGAACAAAACAGAAAGAUUAGCUAGCUCAUAAGUUGUCGCUUUGAGAUCAAUAUAAAAAGCUAUUAAAAAAUAGGACUUGAGUGUGAUUUUAGGUUCUCUGAAUAAUUAUAAUGGAUCACCAUAACAAUAAAAAGAAAGUUUUUAACUGUUUUAGAUGGAAGAGCGAGAAGUCCAUUCGAAAUUAGGCGAAUUAAGGAGAGAAUAUGAUGCAUAUCAUACGCAAUCAUUAAGAACUGAUAAAGAAAUUUAACAAUUCAAAGAUUUAAUAUAAUAGUUAAGUUUGGAGGAAGCGGAGCUGAUCACCAAUGCAACUGAGUUAAACAAGGAAUUGGAGUCUUCAAAAUGUGAUUACAUACUGUCGAAAUAAAGAUUUGAAGAUAGUUAGAUGAAUGAGAAAUCUUAUAAUCACGUAAUAAGUAGAUUAAAACAUGACAUUCUAUGUUUCAAGAAAAAACUAAAUGAAAUGGCAGAGAUGUUUCACAGAAUCAAGGCUGAGGCCUCAUAAGCUGAUGCUAAAUAAUGGGAGUCUAUCUAACUUAAUUAAAUGACAAGGAAGUUAUGUGAUGAAAUGAUGAAUAAUAUCGAAAUCGAGAAAAAUAAUAGGAAACGAUAAAUCGCUUAAUAUAAUUAAUAAAUAAAAGUACAAUUGGCUGCUAAGGAGAAAAGAAAUGAAAGAAUGAUGAAAUAAAAAGAGAUUGCUGAACAUGCAAGCAAUGACAAGGGUGCAAAUGAGAAAAAAUGGAGAAAACUGUUGUUGACUCACAAAGUUGUACAUUCCCUUCUCAAGAAUAAGAUGGAAAAAGAAAUGAAAAAAUUUUUAAUUGUUGAAGGAGCAUUCCAAGAAAUAAAAACAGCCACUGGAAUCUAGGAAGCAUAAGAAAUAGUUCAAAAGUUUUUGACUAAAGAAUCAACUUAUGGUUCAUUAUUAGGUACUAUUGCUGGAAGUGAACAAAAGAUUGAUAAAUUGAAGUAGACGAACGAAGAUUUGAAAACUAAAUUGCAAUAAUUAAAGGAUGAAGUCUAAGAUAUGGAAAUGAAUGCUAAACCCUCUAAAAAGGGAGUAGAUUCUGAGUUUUACAAAUAAUUUUAUAGUGUUGAUGAGAAAGCCAAAAAAGCAGAAAUCAUGAAAUAGAAACUCUACACUUGGAGUAUCAAGAUGUUAUCCAAAUUGGAAAAAUCAAAGCUAUCAUAUGAAGACGAUAGAAUCAAUUUACACACCAUAUAUCCAAGGGGCAAAGAUGUAGAGUUAUUUCAACAUUUACAAAAAAUAAUAACUGAAGAUAUCGAUUCCACUUAACCAGAAGAAAUAUUGUAAAUUUUGGGAGAAGUUAAUAGAUCUUAAAUUAGAAAUGAUACUUUAAAUGAAGAAUAUCUAAAAAAGAAUGUUAGAGUCAAAUACAAAAAACCAACAUAGAGAGAAAAUCUAAAAAAAACUAAGUCUAUGGAUUCUAAAGCUGAUUUAAGUAACAGAAGUUAUAGUCAAUUUGGUUAAUCAAGUGAGUCUAGUCCUGAGUAAUCAUUUUAUGAAUCUGAAUCAGAUGGCAAUACAAUUGAUGAAAAUAGUGAAAAAAAUCAUUUUAAUUAACUAAUCGAUGAGGCCAAAUAGAUCAAAAAGCCAAAGAAAAAGGAUGAAGGUUCUUUUGGGAAGAUGUGA